AUGUCGAAUGCAGGCUACGAUGCGGUCGUCGACGUCGACGAUGAGGGCGACCUCGGCCACACCGACCUUCGCGAAGACCUCGAGUUCCACAACUCAAACUUUAACGACUCAAUACCGGGUGGCCGUAAGGGCAUCAACAGCGGCGGCCUGCCACCACCAGUGACUGCGUCAGGCAGUGGCAGCGGCAGCGCAGCUGGCGGCAAGCGGUUCCUGUGGACGCUGUCAUUCUACGCGCAGUUCUUUGACGUCGAUACGUCGGCUGUGCUGACACGGUGCUGGGCUGCGCUCUUCCCGCGUGCCAACUUCCUUGACGUGCUGGAGGGCAACGCAGAUCUGUACGGUCCCUUCUGGAUUGCGACCACAGUUGUUUUUAUCCUGUUCUUGAGCGGUACAAUCAGCCAGUACCUCGCGACGACGGGCACGGAGCCGUUUGCCUACGACUUUACUCUUCUGAGUGGUGAGUCCCCUCCCUUCGAGGUAUUUGCAACUGUCGCCCUCUUUGCUAACAUAAUGGCCGCAGGUGCUGCUGGCCUGAUCUACGGCUAUACGCUCGUCAUCCCCGUCAUCCUCUUCCUCGCCCUGCGCUACUUUGGCUCCGAGUCUGCCAACCUGCUCGAGUGCUGGGCCCUCUACGGCUACGGCAACCUGAUCUGGAUCCCCGUCGCACUGAUCGGCUGGUCGCACAUUGACAUUCUUAACUGGGUGUUUGUUGCUGUCGGCUUUGGCCUGUCCAUCAUGUUCCUGCUGCGCAACCUGUACCCAGUGCUGUCUGCCACAGACCGGCAGACGAGCAAGAUUCUGCUCGUCAUUGUCGUGGUGCUGCACCUCGGCCUGGCGAUCACGAUCAAGUUUUUGUUCUUUGCGCACCACAGCCCCGUGGCUAAAACCCCGUCUGCACCUGUGGACGGUGGAAGCGGCGAUGCUGCCCCGCCUGCGAUGUGGUAA